GCUGAUAGCAACGGAAACACCAGCGUCACUAACGUUUAAAAAAUUAAUUAAAGAUUGACAAAAACUCGAAAUACUUUAAACAGUCAUUGAAGGUGUCCCGCGCAUCCGCUUCUAACAAGUCAUUGAAAUAUUUUCAUUAAUGUAUGUUUGUUGUUUCAUUAAACUAAGUGUUUCAUAUGUUAUAUUUAAUCGUGAAAUGUAAACUAUUUGAUAUAUUAAUAAAAACAAUUAUAAAUUAGUGUUAAGUGCAAAAUUCACACAAUGAGAGCGGUCAGUGGAUUGGUUUGGGGAGCUCAGAUUCGCGGAGCUGUCAAUCAAAUACUCAUGGUUAUUCUCAUUAACGUGCCAGCCGUAUCGUUCGGCCUGGCUCUGGGCUGGGUGUCGCUGGUGAGUGGCGAGGCGGGGGGCGAGGGGCACGCGCGGGCAGCCGUGGUCGCCUCCAUGAGUACGUUCGCGGCGACCUUCCUGGGAGUCCCGCUCAGUGCCAAGGCCAUCACGUACGGAAGGAAGUUCGCUGUCAUCGCCACUUCUGCAGGAUUUGUGGUCUGCUGGUCAUUGAAGCUAGUCGGUGGGUGGUGGAUGCUGGGAGGGCGCGUGGCAGCCGGCCUCGCGGGCGCAUCCUCCUGGGUACUCGCUCCUCUUCUGGCGAGAGAGAUGUGCUCGGAGCAGUGGCGAGGUGCUGCCGUGUCCGCGCUGCCCCUCGCUCACAACCUGGGCGUGCUAGUCAUGUACAUCGCCGCAGACGCCAAGGUGCAGCUGAGUACAGUGUUUUGGUGGUGCUUGGGUCUGUCAAUCACUCACUGCUUCCUGUUUAUGCUGGUUCCAGAAUCACCAUCAUUUCUUGCAGCUAAAGGAAAGUACGAGGAAGCUCGUGCAUCGCUGGCCUGGCUCCGAGGCCGCUCGCCUCUAGAACUGGAACUAGAAGUCGAGCUGAAGGCACUGCCCCCGCCGGAGACAGAUGAACUAUCCUCAUUUAAACUGGCCAAGGAAAUGUUGAGUGAUCGUCAACGGCGUUUCGCGUUCAUAGUGGGGGGAGUAGCAGUGGUGGGGCAGGAAGUGUGUGGGGUGCUCGCCAUUAUGCAGUACGCGGAGCGGCUCUUCUUGCUGACCAGGGACCAGACAGAGCACUUCGCAGUGAACUCUACAGAAACAGCUGCAUAUGCGAAAACAGCUGACCUAUGGCUGGGGGUACAUUCUCCGUCACAACGAGCUAUAGUUUUGGGUGCUGUGCAACUGGUGGCAUCAGCUUUGUCACUGUACUUGGUUGAGAAAGUUGGGAGAAGGCCGCUGAUAGUAUGGGGCGCAUGGGGCGUGGGCGCAGCACUAGCGUGUAGCACGGUGUUGCUAGCGGAGGGGGGCGGGGAGCGAGCUACUCGCCUGGCGGGGGGCGCCGCUCUCGCUAUCGUGGUAGCAGUCGCGAUCGACGCGGUGGGACUUCAGCCGGCGCCCUAUGCGUUGCUCGGCGAUAUGUUCCACUACCAGUACCGGAGCUGCGCGCUUAUGUUGGUGACAGCGACGUCGAGUUUGGGCAACGUCGUGGAGGUGGGCAUCCUCCCACUGGUGGCCUCGCAGUGUGGGGUGGUGUGGGCUGUGGGACUGGCUGCCGGCUUCACGCUGGCAUACGCCCUGUUCGCUACUCUCACCGUGCCGGAGACCAGGAUGCGCAGCGUCGAAGAGAUCUACGACGAAUUAUGUCCGCGAGUCAGCUGCGGCGAAGUGACAGUGGGGGAAGUGACUAUUGCCAAGUGUAGUGAGACGGUCGUGUGCACCAAGUUGUGAGCGGACUGCUCUAGAGUUAUAUCUUACAAAUUGUUAUUAUUAUAAUUAAACUAGCUGACCAAGAAAACGUUGUAUUGCCAUAUAAAGUAAUUAAAAAAAAUCAUUAAAUAAAAAUUUUUGGGGUAUAAAAGAUAGAUGCAACCGAUUUUCAGAUCUUGCAACUCUAUUGCGUAUCUGUGGAUGGAAUAGAAUAAAUAAAAAUAGAUGUUGAUUGUAUACGGGUGAAAAAUUGAAGUUGAAUAAAAUUAAAAUAAUUAAUCAUUUAGGGGUAUGAAAAAUAGAUGUUGGCUGAUGCUCACAUUUGCCCGGUAUACACCCAAAUUUUCGAACAAGUUGGUUUAGCUGUUUUGGAGGAGUUUGGUAAUAAACACCGGCACACGAGAAUUUUAUAUAUUAGGUAGUGUUUAUAUUUGGUUCUACUGCUCUAUAAACAGUAAAUUCUUUUUUAAAUUGUACACUGUUUCUGAUGGUUCCGAAACUUUGAAAAAGGAAAAGGAUCACUACGGGAUCUCUUUGUUGUUUGUCUGUCUAGAUCAGUAAAAUUAUACAAAUGAUUUAAGUUUUCUUUAGUGUUAAUUCCGCCAAUAUUUGUUUUUAAAACAAUUCGACACGUGUUUCGCCUCUACACGAGGCAUCCUCAGGACGUGUUGUCUCGCCAAUAUUUGGCACGAGACUAGUAUACUAAUAUACUAGACAACACGUACUGAGGAUGCCUCGUGUAGAAAAUGAUCAAAGGAUAGCAGUGUUACAAUUAAAACUUAUUGUGAUUUGAUCAAUCGGCUCAAUUUUUAAAUAAAUAUAAAUAGCGCGUGCUAAUUUAGAAUAAUUUGUAAAUCAUGUUUGUUUUUAAUUAUAAUAAUUGAAUCAAGUCAAAAUACAAAAUUAUGUCUCGACAAUAACCCAGACAAUUUCGAAAGCUUUCUAUGAGUUCAUCAUCAUUUUUAAAAUCGGUCCAGAAAUGGCCGAGAAACAAUUUAACACAGAAAUCAAAUGGAGUCACCCGGCCCACCGGUGACUCCCAAGCUUCGCUCCAUAAAUAAACUUAAAAUACCAAAGGUUGUGUAUAUUCUUUGAGCUAGGUUCACUAACCUUUGAGUAACUAGCACCCACAUCAAUCACAAAAAAUCUUUAUUUAUUUAUAUAUAAUACUUUGCUGGAGUGUGAAAGUAAAAUUUUCUGUCUACAACAAUUUAGAUGGCACAUUAAGCAUUGUACUGUUUUAUAAAGUCUUUCUUUAGUGUUUAUUGCAAUUGUCGAUUUCUUCGUAUACAGUGUGUUCUAGCCUAGCUAGUGUGUUCUAGUUCAAGCACUAUGAAUGUAAGACCAGUCAGUCCAUGUCGAUACUUAAAUUAAGUUUAGCCUAAGUUAGUUUGUUAUCUAUAUGAUAAGUCUAAGUUUGUUUAUCUAUUUGAUUAGUCUAAGAUGCCAAUACACAUUUUUAUUAUUAUUAA